CCUAACUUGCCAAUUUCCUGUGACGUUUCGAAUGACACGUGUAUUCAAGAUGGCGGCGGCGAUGGAGACGUGGGGGCUUCUGCUGCUGACCUUGCUACCCCUAGCCGGGUCUUUCUAUGUGCCUGGAGUUGCUCCUAUGAACUUUCACCAGAACAGUCCUGUAGAUAUUAAGGCUGUGAAGCUGACCAGCUCCCGCACCCAGCUGCCCUAUGAGUAUUACUCCCUCCCUUUCUGCCGGCCAGAAAAGGUGGUCUACAAAGGAGAAAAUCUCGGGGAGGUCCUGCGUGGAGACCGCAUCGUGAACACGCCCUACUCGGUGCUCAUGAACCAUGACCGCAAGUGUGAGCUGGUAUGUGGCAAGCCAGACCUGCCGUCGAAGAUGACUGUGGAGGAGAGCAAGCUGGUGGCCGAGCGGAUUCAGGAGGAGUACUACGUCCACCUGAUUGCAGAUAACCUGCCGGUAGCCACCCGUCUGGAGUACUACCCUAACCGAGAGGCAGGGGGAGAGGAGGAGAAGAAAGACCUGGUGAAAGAUGUUCAGUUUGAGCAUGGCUACAGACUGGGAUUCACAGAGAAUAACAAGUUCUACUUGCACAACCACCUCUCCUUCAUCCUGUACUACCACAGAGAGAAGGUGGAGGGAGAGGAGGAGGACAACUUCAGAGUAGUGCGCUUUGAGGUGGUCCCUCAGAGUGUUAGGACAGAUGACCUGAAGGCAGAUGACAAGGGAACAUGUAUCCUUCCUGAAGCCAGUGGCUCGGUCCCUCAGGAGAUUGACCCAGCCAAGGAGAACAGCAUCCUGUUCACCUACUCCGUGCACUGGGAGGAGAGCGAGGUGAAAUGGGCUUCCCGCUGGGACACCUACCUCACCAUGAGCGACGUGCAGAUCCACUGGUUCUCCAUAGUCAACUCUGUGGUGGUGGUCUUCUUCCUGUCAGGCAUCCUGAGCAUGAUCAUCAUCAGGACCCUGAGGAAGGACAUCGCAAACUACAACAGGGAGGAUGACAUUGAGGACACCAUGGAGGAGUCAGGCUGGAAGAAUGUCCAUGGCGAUGUGUUCCGCCCACCUCAGUAUCCCAUGAUCCUCAGCUCUCUGCUGGGGUCUGGCAUCCAGCUUUUCUGCAUGAUCCUUAUUGUGAUCUUUGUGGCCAUGCUGGGAAUGCUGUCUCCCUCCAGCCGAGGCGCUUUGAUGACCACAGCCUGUUUCCUCUUUAUGUUCAUGGGGUUGUUUGGUGGAUACUUUGCUGGCAGACUUUACCGCACACUGAAGGGCCACCGGUGGAGGAAGGGAGCAUUCUGUACGGCCACUCUCUACCCUGGUGUGGUUUUCAGUAUCUGCUUUGUGCUAAAUUGCUUUAUCUGGGGAGAGCACUCUUCAGGAGCGGUGCCCUUCACAACCAUGCUGGCUCUGCUAUGCAUGUGGUUCGGCAUCUCCAUGCCGCUUGUCUACCUGGGCUACUACUUCGGCUUCCGCAAGCAGCCCUAUGAUAACCCGGUGCGCACCAAUCAGAUCCCGCGACAGGUGCCCGAGCAGCGCUGGUACAUGAACAAGUUUGUAGGGAUCCUGAUGGCCGGAAUCCUACCGUUUGGGGCCAUGUUCAUCGAGCUGUUCUUCAUCUUCAGUGCCAUUUGGGAGAACCAGUUUUAUUACCUGUUUGGGUUCCUCUUCCUGGUCUUCAUCAUCCUGGUGGUGUCCUGCUCACAGAUCAGUAUAGUCAUGGUCUACUUUCAACUGUGUGCUGAGGACUAUCGAUGGUGGUGGAGGACCUUUCUGGUGUCAGGAGGCUCUGCCUUCUAUGUGCUGGUCUACGCCGUCUUUUACUUUGUGAAUAAGCUGGACAUAGUGGAGUUCAUUCCCUCCCUGCUGUAUUUCGGCUACACCGCCCUGAUGGUGUUGUCCUUCUGGCUGCUAACAGGCACAAUCGGUUUCUACGCUGCAUACAUGUUCAUCCGCAAGAUCUACGCCGCCGUCAAGAUUGAUUGAGCUGCUGCUUCUUUUACACUCACCCUUGGUUUGGUUACAACAUUUUUUUCUUUUUUUGUUUUUUUUUUUGUUCUUGUUUUGGUCCAUUUUUAUUUUAAAACACUGAUUAUUUUUUUGUUUAUUUUGUUGUUAAUCGAGCACUGAUGUGUACACAGACAGAGCACGAGAAGAAUUUUUGAGAAACGUCUCCUCCUGUAGUUCGGAGCAGAGAACAGACAGGUGGAUUGUGCACAAGUUUCAGAAAUCCUGACUGUCUGUCUCCCUGUCUCUAUCUGUCUUUCUCACUGGCCUGCUCCCAGUCUCCUCCCCUUUGGCAAAGAGAAAACGUUUAUUUGGCUGGACUGUUUGUUUGUUUUUUUUGUUCCCAACUUUUUGUUUUGUUUGUAUUUGAUUUAUUUGAAUCUUGUCUCUACAUUGACACAUAUCAUGGGCCAAAGUGUGUAAAAUCGACUCCGACUGUCUUGAUAGUUUUUUUAAAAAAAUUAUUAUUAUUAUUAUUCGUUGGCUCGGAAGAGGCAUGGACUCAAGGGUUUGGGGGAUUUCUUGGGGGUUGGGCAUAUUGUAUAAUUUUACAAAUGCAUUAUUUGUUUGUUUUUUAAAAUAUAUCUAUUUAAUUUGUACCUUUGCUAUAUGGCAGUUGGCCCGUGGUCAUGCUGAGAGUCUGCUGUUGUCGAUGUCAAUGAAAAUGAAGUGGUUGGGUUGGUAGAUGAUGAUGAUGAUGACGAUGAUGAUGAUGACGACGACGACGAUGAUGCAGCAUUAAUGGACCUGAAUACGGGGAUAUGCGUGUUUGUGUGUUUUCACCAUGGCCUCCAUGGCAUUACUACUCUUAAUAAUGUCACAGUUGCAGUUUCAAAUGAUCCAGCUCUUGAAAGUAGAGCGUGUGUGGGUGGGUAGGGGUUAGAGGGGUGUGUGGGUGGUAGACCAUACGUUAUAAGACAUGUUGGUUGGACCUGUUUCCACUAUCCACUGUUAUUGAUAUGUGAAGAUUAACAUACCACAGUUAUGGACAGCAGAACAGAGGUGCUGGACAGUGACACCCAGUGCCAUGUUUGUGUUAAAUACUUUUGUCUUUAAGAAUUUAGAAAUACCUGUUUGUCAUAAAAACAUACAAACAUACAUUUAUUAUACAGCUCAAACAUUCUGUUGAUAUUUCAUUGGAAAAUGCUACACACAGACACACAGAGAUCAUGUAUAUGCUUGGGUUAAGGUUCUUUUAUAAAGACCUAAAUAAACCUGUGGGAUGUGAGUGGUGGUCAGCGUUCAGUUAUCUGGGUCAGUGGUUUUUGAGAGGUGUAUAUUACACAUAUCAAAGCCACUGUAGAUGUCCUACAUUGCAGUUGGUGAUCAAAAAAAGGUCGGGGGAGCCGUUUGUCCUAGAAAUCCACCCUUGAUUAGAGAGACUUCCCUACAGCGCAUGAAAAGAAGUGACGUUCCAGAUCAGUGAUCUUUUUGCUUUUUUUUUUUUUGUGUUUGUGGGCAUUUAAUGAGGCAUAAAACGAAGGCUUGAAAUGUCUCGCUCUCCCUGUUUCUGUUUAUGGCCCAACUCGUCCAGAAUCUUACAAGCCUAUUUUAUUGACAUGCUCGAGACUUGACCUAAAUGACCCCAAACCUAGGCAGAUGUGGAGAACAAGUUGUGGUUUUGGUUCAUUUCAACUUUCAACUGCAGCCCUCUGUGUUCGAACUGCUACAGUGUUUCGUUUCCUUGAACAUAUGAAGAGCCUGCCUCACCUGACCGUCGGAACCUAAGUAAAGGUGAAAGCAUAUAUUGGGUGAGGAUUCAGUAAGGCUAGGGCCUGGUCGCGUUGGCGGUCUUUUGUGAAGAAGCCAUGUAUGACCGAGCAUGCACGAGCUGACAUGAAGCCAAACCAUCUACUUUCCUUUGUCUUCAGUAUUCAUCCUCAUGAUCUUGCUUUUUAAACUCUGCAUCAUUAACUGCAGUAGUAGCAGAUAACCUGGAACACUUGUCCGUUUUGUGAAAACCUCAGCCUCUGAUUUUGACAUGUCUAGAGCCUUAGUUACUUCUAUUCAGACUUGCAACUGUCCCUUUACUCCUUAACAUUAGCAUAUUUUAGACUGCUUUGUGCGGUUGUGGGCACUGGCUGUUCCGCCGUUGGCUCUGUGGAUGAGCAGCUGAGCCUCACUAGUGCCCUCUUGUGGCCUCUGGCUCCUACCGAUGGUGCAGGGAGCAGACCAGAGAUCUGGUGCUGACCUGGGAAGAGGAAGUGUGCCAUUGUGGUGUAGUGCUUCUCAGCACAGGGGGUGGUCUAGUGCCGGGGUCGCUCUCUUGUCCCCUGUGCUCCGUAGUGUGUCUAAUGCCUCCUCUGUUCUUUCCUUUUGGCGGGUCAGUUCUUUUUCACCAUGCGCCCACCCACCCACCCACACCUCCUCCUCCUCCUCCUCCUCUACCUCCCAGGGUUUUUUGGCCCAACAGUAGUGGCGGACCCAGCUCCCAUCCUGGCUCUGCAGAACGUGUUUGUACAAUUUUUUUUGGCUACAAGUGAAUCCAGCACAUGUGAAGAUCAAGUCAAGUUAUUCUACAGUGGACUGGACACAAUGAAACUACAUGAUCAUUUUCUAAGGUUGUACUUUAUCCUUGCCUGUUGUGUGUGAGUGGAUGUGUAUGAGUCUCUAAAGGUGUAUGUAAAUACAAGCGCUUUGUAUUGUUGCAUUGCGUUCAUUUUUUUUCUUUUUUUCUUGUGAGGUUGUGUACCUACUAAUCAUGUUGUUGUUUUUAGCCAAAAAGCAUGACUUUUUUUAAAGAAAAAAAAGAAAGAUUUCAAUUUUUCUGUCACCCUCCUUUAAAAGAAUGUCAAGCUAUACAAUGUAUGAAACAAUAAAAGUGCUGAGAAGUUGAAA